AUGUCCGAGCGACGAUGCCAACCAGGGCGGCCAAGGCCAGUGGAACCAGGGCCACAACUGGGGUCAGGGCGGCCAAAACCAGUGGAACCAGGGCAGCGGUCACAACUGGGGCCAGGGCGGCCAGGGCAACCAGGGUGGACAAACGUGGACUGGAACCCAGGGAGGCGACGCUGCUACUACGCCGUGUCCGGGCGACGACGCUAA